AUGACAAGCCAACGAUCAAAUUAUGUGCUUAAGGUACGUAAUGACAUAAUUAAGAACUGAACUGACCGGUUCAUCUCUGAAGGGGCCAGUUAACUAUAUAUGUGCUGCCUGGUAACAAUGAACUAACAGUUGCGUCGAUAGUAUUGUCAAAAUUAAUGGAAUAAUGUUUUCUUUCCAGGUACCACAACAGUUGCCAGGAAGCAACAACUGUGGAUUUCACAUAUUCAUGUUUGCUGACCAUUUUUUAAAGGUACAGUACAGGGGUAAAAUCACUUUAUAUUACCACCAAAAUUUAGAUUUCAUGUUAGUAGUUUCUCUUGACUUUCAUUAAUGUAAAGGCACAUUCAUUUUUGCUAUUCUAUAGGACCUGAAGGUGUACGAAAGUGAUCCGAAUGGAUAUGUCAAUGCUGAACAUCAGUGGUUUGAUCCGAAAGAUGCCGAAACCAAGAGGACAUUGACAAGGACUCAUUUGGAAGCUCUUUUUCAGUGA